UCAGCAACAGACCGAAACGUAUUUAUGGACUUUAUUCUAAAAUGACUUCACAAAACGUUUUACCAAACCGCUAUUAUCUUUUCAUUCCAUUUUCCCACGAACCGUUUGGAGCCCUCUUGUACGAGAGGUAAAAAUCAAAUGAUUCAGAAAGACAUAAUAAAGAAAUUUCCGAUGUCAUGUCUUGCCAUGCCCGUCUCCUUUGCCUGAGGCAACUGCAUUUAAGCAGUAAUAAUAACCACUCUUCUCUUUUUAAUAAUCUUUUAGUAUAUUUGGUAAAACCGUUUCAUGUCUUUAUUCUGUUUCUUCGCCGUCCUUAAUUGCAGUGCUUAACACUUCAUUUUAGGUGAUUUCUACAAGCCAGGCCUAUUGUGUAAUGUAUAAGUGUUAUGAAACCAGCUUGGACAUUUUUUUUUAAUGAAUAAUUUCUAGCGAAUGUUUUUAAGCUGAAUUUAGUUUAGGCAUCUGUUUUUGGUGAAGUGGUGAAAAUUUCAAUUACUGGCUUUAUAGGUCAGCAUCAAAUGUGAUUAUGAUUUAGCUUUAGGGCAUGUGGGAUUUAGAAAGGAGCAGUGAAAAUUAAGAAAUGAUGAAUGCUGCUUUGGAAGUUAAGUCCAUUGCUUCAAACAUAAGCUUUGCGAUCUGUCUAGAGAUUAGAGUGAUGUAGUUAGCUUUGUUUGGUUUUACAGUUUGCUUUAAGAAAAGACAUUUUCUUUACUUCAAAUGAUGUUUCUCUAUAAUGCUUAAGAUAAAUGGGCAUGACUUGUAACAGGUUUUGGCUGUGUGUUUUCCUCCCGUAGGCAAUUUUUUUCCAGUCUGUUAAGGAAACCAGCAUUUGGCAGCGACACCAGCUUUCUACCUGCCAUGAUCAAGUGCUUGUCAGAUGAAGUGCAGGCCAAAUUGCGUUCUGGUUUGGCCAUCAAUUCCUUAGGCCAGUGUGUCGAGGAACUUGCCCUCAACAGUCUUGAUGCUGAAGCAAAAUGUGUGGCUGUCAGAGUGAAUAUGGAAACCUUCCAAGUUCAAGUUAUUGACAAUGGAUUGGGGAUACGAAGUGAUGAUGUCGACAAAGUGGGACAUCGUUACUUUACUAGUAAAUGUAGCUCUGUGCAGGACUUGGAGAACCCAAGGUUUUAUGGAUUCCGGGGGGAAGCCUUGGCAAGUAUAGCUGACAUGGCCAGUGCUGUAGAGAUCUCAUCCAAGAAAAACAACACAAUGAAAACGUUUGUGAAAUGGUUUCAGAAUGGAAAAGCCCUCGAAGCCCGUGAAGCUGACCUGACUAGACCAAGUGCUGGGACAACGGUCACUGUAUAUAACCUAUUUUACCGAUUACCUGUACGGAGGAAAUGCAUGAAUCCUCGACUGGAGUUGGAGAAGGUUAGGCAGAGGAUAGAAGCACUCUCACUCAUGCGGCCCUCCAUUUCUUUCUCAUUGAGAAAUGAUGUUUCUGGCUCCAUGAUUCUUCAGCUUCCUAAAACCAAAGACACAUGUUCCCGAUUUUGUCAAAUUUUUGGAUUGGGUAGGUCCCAAAAGCUAAGAGAAAUUAAAUUUAAAUAUAAGGAGUUUGAGCUUAGUGGCUAUAUCAGCUCUGAAGCACAUUACAACAAGACUAUGCAGUUUUUAUUUGUGAACCAAAGACUGGUCUUCAGGACGAAGGUACAUAAACUCAUUGACUUUCUGUUGAGGAAAGAAAGUAUUAUAUGCAAGCCAAAGAAUGGCUCUGCCAGUAGGCAAAUGAGUGUAAGUCCUCGGCAUCGGUCUAGCCCAGAACUUCAUGGGAUAUAUGUCAUCAACGUGCAGUGCCAAUUCUGUGAGUAUGAUGUAUGCAUGGAGCCAGCAAAAACUCUGAUUGAGUUUCAAAACUGGAACAAUCUCUUGGUUUGCAUUCAGGAAGGAGUGAAGAUGUUUUUAAAGCAGGAAAAAUUAUUUGUGGAAUUAUCAGGUGAGGACCUUAAGGAAUUUAGCAAAGAUAAUGGUUUUAGUUUAUUUGGCCCUACUCUUCAGAAACAUAUAUCCUCUGAUGAGAAAUGUGAUCGGGUCAAUUUCCAGGAAGCAUGUGAUAAUAUUUUGGAUUCCUAUGAAAUGUUUAAUUUGCAAUCAAAAGCUGUCAGAAGAAAAGCUACUAUGGGAGACAUAAACUUACAGAAUUCUAGGGGUUCAGAAGCUAUCAGAAAAACGAAUGACUCAUUUGUACUCACCUGUGAACCAGAUGGCCCUAGCACUAGUAAAAUUAUGGAGUUACCUUUCCGAAAGAGAGAAAGCUCUUGCUCAGAGUCAAAGAUCUUAGAACAAGAGUCACUUGAAGCCUCGGAAUCAAAAGAAAACGAGAAACAUAAAACUUGGGUGGAACUUAACUCUCCAGCAAACCCAAGCGGAACCAGUUCAGAAAUGUUUGCAAGCUCCCUUCAGGCACCACAUCCCUUUGAGGAUAGUGGAGAAGAUCCAGAAACUCAGAAUGGAAGUACCAUCGCCGAUGGCAUAACUGCCAGCAUCCUGAAAAAGAAUGUAAUUCAGAGUCAACUAGGGAGAUUUAAAGAUGCUGCUGAAAUGAGAUGCCAGCCUCAGUCUUUUGAGACAACGGUGUUAUUGAGUGCACAUGGCACUCAGAGAGGAGAAGGAGAGGGGGAAAAGGAGCCUGGUAAUUGUCGAAGCACAAACAUUUUUAGUUAUGGACAAGUUAAAUUAUGUUCCACUGGCUUUAUAACUCAUGUGGUACCAAAUGAGCAAACUAGAUCAACUGAAACAGAACAUUCAUUUAAAAAUUGUGUCCAACCUAGUCCUGUGAGUGCCAAAGAAACAUUUUUAAAUAGAACAUAUCGUUCAAUUGAGACUCCAAAGAUUAAAGAUUUAACUAGCACUUUAAAUACAGAAUCUGCACAACUGCCUAACGAGAUAUUUUGCAGAACAAAUACAAAUUAUGGAGUAGAGAACAAGACUAUGGGAACUUAUAAAAAUUUUACAAUUUACCAGGAAGGUAGUAAAAAGUCACACACAGGUUGCUCACCUGAUACAUCAUCUUGGUAUAAACGUGAUAGUAAGAAAAGAGAGAAGCUUAUUGGUUCCUCCAAACCCAUAACCUGGAAAAAGCUAAGUCUGAGUUCACAACUAGGGUCCUUAGAGAAGUUUAAGAGGCAAUAUGGGAAGGUUAAAAACCUGAAUUCAAAAGCAGAGGAAAAUAAUUUUGAAAUCACUACAGAUCCCAGUCCUCGAGUUGAAACUGACAUUCUGCUGAAAGACAAGAAGCACCUCGAUAGUUCUGAUAUUUGUGAAUUCACUGUAAAACAUAAUCAUUCGAAUGGUAGUUGUGAACCAGGAAGUCAUACUCUUUACUCAGAGAAGUUACCAUUUUCCAAGAAAGAAGAUUGUUUGGAACAAGACGCACCUUGCUUGAGAGAAAGUCCUAUAGCUCUAAAGGAGUUACCUAACUCCAACCGAAAGUCUUUGAGUGUUGGGAGGUCGCCUGAGUCCCUAGCCUCCAAAGUGUCCAGAAUGAAGGGUUCUGAAAGAGAGACGCAAACACAGGAGAUGAUGAGUCAUUUUAAUGAAUUUCCACAAUCAGAUUCUGGUAGUAACGACAGAUUAACCCUAGAUUGUUGCCAAUCAUUUAAAACUGAGCAUAGAAAACCGGAAAGUGGCAUCACGCCAGUGUCAGGCCCUGUCCCAGAAGAUAAUUCCUUCGCUAGAGAUAAAGAAACGUAUUCUGACAAUACCAGAGGGGACUGUGUGGUGCCAGGAACUCCUUUGGUAUUACCCUCAAAUAAUUCUAACGUCGGCCAGGACGAUUCCGAUGCUCUUAUAUCUUCCGAGCCACAGAUGGAAAACACCGGCUCUUCCAGUAGAAUGUUCAUGAGUCAUGGAGAAGACUCCACGGCCAACCAAGAUGAAACUUGCUUUCCACGUGAGGGCUCUGAAGCAAGAGAUUGUUUUGAAAACGAAGAACCAAGCACAUGUUCUUUGGAUUGGCAACAGCGUUUUGAUGCAGCCCAGGGAAGGAUGGUUUAUGUCAACAAAGUAACUGGACUGAGCACAUUCACUGCUCCUCCUAAGGACGUGCGGGCUGCUUGUACGAAAGAUCUCACCACCGUGGCAGUGGAUGUCGUUCUUGAGAAUGGGUCUCAGUACAGGUGCCAUCCUUUCAGAAGUGACCUUGUUCUUCCUUUCCUUCCUCGAGCUCGGGAAGAGAGCGCUGUGACGAGACAGGAUAACCGAGACCCUGUGGAUGGUGCUGUGGACAAUGAGUCUCUCCGGUCUUUGUUCUCGGAAUGGGACAAUCCAGUAUUUGCUCGUUAUCCAGAGGUGGCUGUUGACGUGAGCUGUGGCCAGGCGGAGAGUGUGGCUGUGAAAAUCCACAACGUUUUCUUUCCCUAUCGCUUCACUAAAGGAAUGGUUCACUCGAUGCAGGUUCUCCAGCAAGUGGAUAACAAGUUCAUUGCCUGUUUAAUGAGCACCAAGGCCGAAGAGAAUGGUGAGACAGGUGGGAACCUGCUGGUGCUGGUGGAUCAGCACGCAGCCCAUGAGCGUAUCCGCUUGGAGCAGCUUAUUACAGAUUCCUAUGAGAAGCCACUGCCACAAGGCUCUGGUCGGAAAAAACUACUAUCUUCUACCAUAAGCCCACCCCUAGCGAUCACAGUCACAGAGGAACAAAGGAGACUCUUACGGUGCUACCACAAGGACCUGGGAGACCUCGGCCUGGAGUUUCAGUUUCCAGACACGAGUGACUCUCUGGUUCUCGUGGGGAAAGUUCCACUCUGUUUCAUAGAAAGAGAAGCCAGCGAACUUCGAAGAGGAAGAGCUACGGUGACCAAGGGUAUUGUGGAGGAAUUUAUUCGAGAACAAAUGGAGCUACUUCAGACGACAGGGAGCAUCCAAGGGACCCUGCCGCUGACAGUCCAGAAGGUGUUGGCAUCCCAGGCCUGCCAUGGGGCCAUUAAGUUUAAUGAUGGCCUGAGCCCUGAGGAGAGCCGCCGCCUGAUUGAGGCUCUGUCCUGCUGCCAGCUGCCGUUCCAGUGUGCUCAUGGGAGACCAUCCAUGCUGCCAUUAGCUGACAUAGACCAUUUGGAACAGGAAAAGCAGGUUAAACCCAAUCUUGCUAAACUUCGCAGAAUGGCCCGGGCCUGGAAUCUCUUUGGAAAGGCAGGCGGAUGUGACACAAGGUCCCUCCCUGUGAGCCAACGUGAGGACAGAAUUCCCGAUCCGCAAGGAACCAGAUCCAACUGUGCACCUGAUGGCUUCAAAUGGCAGGGCCCUUCUUUCCGUCUUUCUCAAGCAGAUGGGUAGCAAGAUGGGACUCGGGCAGGAAGAAAAGCCAUCUUUCACUUGCAUCUGUGGACACCGCAAGUUGGCAUAUGUCUACAUCUUUUUAACUUAUUUACUGAUGGGGGGAUAAAAUUUGAUGAUUGGUUAGUUGGUUGGUUGGUUUGCGUGUUUUUUGAAGGCGAAGGGGAGUGGUGCAAUUUUUACUAACCUCAAAAUUUGCAUGUGUAUCAUUUACCAGAAGCGGGAACUCCCAGGGAUCAAGCCUGCAUCCCAGGCCCAUUUAGUCACUGUAACCACUUCUCCCUCCCUCCUGCCCACCUCCCUGAAGCCAUCCCACAGGCCUUAGCUGGAGUGUCCCAGGGAUACAGGCUACUGGGAAAGACAAAGGCAAGGAUACAGUCAAGAAAAGGUUCAGUCCUAAUCCUGGCUUGUUUGCAUCUCUUGAAACAGUCUGUCUUGAAGAACGUUCAGGGACUGCAAAUCAGUGCAGUGGUGAGCGUGCUCCCGCUUGUUUUCUAAAUGUGAGUGUGAAGACACUUUGUACAGUGUCUAUGUGAAAGCAACACUCUUGUCAAUGUGCAGUUUUUAUUCUUUCAACCAAACUCGGCAGGUUCUCCCUUUGUCCCAGACCAGGGGUCUUAGGGCCCCUUUCACCUUGUGUCUUGGCUCAAUUAUGAGGCUUAUCUAAAGGCCUCAUGAUUUCCUUGGGGACCGGGACUGGUCUUUCCUCCAAAUCCUUGUUAGUCCACUCUCAGUCUGUCUGUCCGUCCACACCUUUUCAGAUGACGUGCUUGAUGGUAAAUAAGACCGCAUGGACUGAAGUCUUCGAGAAGAAGGAAACAAAAAUAGCCCAGCUGGCUAAUGCUCACAGAGACUGGGAUGCUGUACGAGUAAGCUGUUGCUGAGAAUUUCCACUUUUGUAUUUCCUGACUGGCCUGCGCAAACUGGCCCUUUUCUCAAUGUAAUGAUUUUCCUCAUUUGUUUUUUUUUUUUUUUAAAUCAUUUUAUUAGGGGCUUGAGUUAGUUAAUUGUGCCAGCC